UGCACGGCACGCGACCACUCGUUCAAGAAAUCGUAAAAACAAAUACCGAUUCGCGAUUAAUCUAUUCAGACUGUACCCUGAGAAAGUGACCCAUAACAAGGUUCCGUUUAAAAACCGGUGUUACCGUUUAACAAACGAAAGUUACGGAUUUUGGUGGUGCGAAUGCUGCAUCUUGUACCUGGCGAUAACUCGUCAGAUGCUGUGAACGUCCACGUAUAGAAUUAUAUUCUCAUUUCUCAGUGGCCUCUUUUGUUAUAAACUGUAAUGUCAAACCGUAGCUGACAUUUUGUUCACCACCGGUAUUUAUAGUGCAAUAUAGGUACGUGAUUUUGUGAACCAAAAUCAAACAGUGAAUGGAAUAAACUAUGAGGAUAGUAUCUUUAGAAAGAUAGUAUUUUUUUAAUUUCCCGGGUCUUUUAAGUGAAGGUAUGGCGUCUCGGAAAUCAUGUAUAGGGUUGUGGACAGUGUGUAUCGGUUUGUGCAUAUUAGGGAAGAUAUCCGGCUUGGACAAUGGAUUGGCGCUGACUCCACCGAUGGGGUGGCUGGCGUGGGAACGGUUUAGGUGUAAUACAGACUGCAAAAAUGAUCCGGACAAUUGUAUUAGUGACCGACUAUUCCGUACGAUGACGGAUAUCCUGGUAUCGGAAGGGUAUGCAGCAGUUGGCUACGAAUAUAUCAACGUAGAUGAUUGCUGGCCGGAACGCGAGCGAGACCCCCGCGGCCGCCUCGUGCCUGACAGAGAAAGAUUCCCGUAUGGCAUGAAGAGUCUUGCUGAUUAUGUGCACAGUAAGGGACUUAAGUUCGGUAUCUAUGAAGACUACGGCAACUUCACCUGUGCAGGAUAUCCAGGCGUAGUGGGACAUCUUGCAGGCGACGCCGCAACUUUCGCAUCAUGGGGCGUAGACUAUGUCAAGUUGGAUGGAUGCUAUGCUCUCCCUGCAGAUAUGGACCAGGGUUACCCAGACUUCGGCCGUCAAUUAAACAGUACUGGUCGUCAGAUGGUGUACUCUUGCAGUUGGCCGGUGUACCAGAUAUACGCAGGCAUACAACCAAACUUCUCAUCCAUCAUAGAGCACUGCAACUUGUGGCGCAACUUUGAUGACAUCCAGGACUCGUGGGCCUCCGUCGAGUCUAUAAUAGACUAUUACGGAAAUCACCAAGAUGUCAUCGUACCCAACGCUGGACCAGGCCAUUGGAAUGAUCCUGAUAUGUUAAUUAUUGGCAACUUUGGAUUAUCGUACGAACAAAGUAAAACCCAGUUUGCUAUUUGGGCUAUCUUAGCGGCACCGCUGCUAAUGAGUGUGGAUUUGAGGACUAUCAGACCCGAGUACAAGGCUAUCCUGCAGAACAGGAAAAUUAUUGAGGUAGACCAAGAUCCCCUUGGAAUCCAGGGCAGGAGAAUAUACAAGCACCGUGGCAUAGAGAUCUGGUCUCGUCCAAUUCUACCAAUCCAGGGACAGUACUACUCAUACGCUGUUGCUUUCGUGAACAGACGAACAGAUGGUACGCCAUCAGACGUAGCUGUAACAUUGCGGGAAUUGGGUCUGAAUAACCCUGCCGGAUACAGAGUGGAGGAUUUAUACGAGGAUGUAGACUACGGCGUGCUCUCUCCCCAGACAAAGAUCAAAGUGAAAGUGAACCCUUCAGGUGUUGUGAUACUACGUGCUGAUGCGCAGCCUUCUUACGCAUACAACUCGAUUCCAACGCGGACACCAUACGCCCCUCUCAACGAUGUAUUCAGAAUAAAGAAAAAGUAGUGACAACUCUACUAUUUUGUCACCAAAACCUUCAAUGAUCAUAAAUAAUGACUACUGCCGGGGCAGCGAUUCAAAAGUCAAUUUUAAUAGGAUCUACAAGUACAAUGAAUCAAUUCGAAAUCUCUUUAACUCAGAUAAUCAUACUCUUUGAUAUUGGUGUAAAAUAUAGUUACCAAGCGAUGUUUUUCAGUCUUGCCCUUAGGUUACAUAUUUAUGUUGCAUUCUCUCUAGUGUGAUUUUGAAACGUGUAAGAAAAUGUGUGGAGAAUUGUUUUUUGCCAUUACGUUGUACCUAGGUUAAGGAUGUACAUUUUAGAUGCCUAUAAAUGUAAGUUUUGUAUAAAACA